ACUGAGCUGUGCCAACUCCUUAACCCAUACACAGCGUCAAAAGCCUAUUGUUACAAUAUAUAUACUGUCAGCUAUGCUAAUGAUCUCGGCGGUUGAUAGAUAAGAAGGAAGGUUAACAAAUUACGUGCUUUAGUGAAGAGAGAACAAGCGACCGCGCCUCACAUACUGCCCUGCCAUGAUGAGGGUGUACCUGGUAGCCUUGUGUCUUGUGCUAAGAGUGAAUGGCCAGCCAUUCCAAUACAUGCGGCCAGCACCGCCAGCGACUCAGCGAUUUGUUAGUUUUCCGACCUUCAGCUCAAAUCAGCCUAUGAACAUGUUAAAUUCGCCAGUAUUCAGAUAUAUCUCCCGCCCACCAGGCAUUACAAAACAGUUUCGAACAUUUCAACCUGGCAACAUGCAAGCAUUUUCUCCGCUCGUUCAGCGUAUUUCCACCUUUACUCCAGCGGCAGUAACGUUCCCAAAUUCUCAGAUUACCGGGCAAUCAUCACACAUGCGACAGUUCGCUUCACAUGGCUAUCCGUUAGUUGGAUCUAACACAAACCUAGGUUUCGGAGGAGUGAGUGCUAGAGCUUUACCACCAACUAGGAACGGCGGUACAUGGAAGGUGGCCAUACCAGCCAACUUCAGGUCGAUGAUAACAAGCGCCGCCAGUUCUAUUGGACCAAGCCAGUCCGAGUCCUUAUUUACAGGACAGGAAGGAACAGGUUCGACAAGCGAGAGUCAGUUCAUUGGACAGGCUGGAGCAAGUAUCGGGACAAGCGGCGACUUUACAUCAAGAGGUUUUACAGAUACUGGAAUCGUACCUAAUAACGGAUUAACAUCGGAUCAGGUGUCAAUAUCAGGAAAUGGUGUAGUUGACCAGUCAGGUUCAACAGGGUUAGCUGACGGCUUCUCCAUAACUGAUUUUACAUCUUCAUCUGCUAAUAACAUUAGGUCUGACGGCUUCUCCGGAACAGAUAUUGCACCUUCAUCUGUCAAUAACAUUGGGUCUGACGAUUUCUCCGGAAUAGAUAAUACAGCUUCAGCUGUCAAUAACAUUAGUCCAGAAAUCCAAGAUGCCAAUUACAGUAUAAAAAGGAAAGCUUCCAGCGCAACGGAAAGCAAAGCAAGGAAACGAUUAGAGUUGAAAAUGAAGCUAGAAAGAUUGAAGGAAGAAAGGGCUGCAAAAAAGGCGGCAAAGAGAGCAGCAAGAAAGGCUGCUAAGAAAGCAAAGCACUCGACUUCAAGAGUUGCAACAGCAUCAACAAUACUUGGACCAUCCAGCAAUCGUCAUGGUCAUACAUCCUUCACUCAAUCCAGUUCCACUUUUUCGUCCAAAGACAUCAGUUCAUUGAGGAGUAAGCUGAAAAGUGGAGAGAUACAACUUACCCCACAAGUCCUUGCAAACCUCAUGUCACUUGGAAAGAGUUACGGGCUGGAUGCUAAAACAACCCAAGAAAUAAUAACUGACCUCAUCAAGUCCAUGAAAGCUGGGACUUUUAAUAUCCGCAGUUCGGGAUUUAAUGCCGAAGAGGCAUCAUCGUUCAAACAACUACAUGAGAAGUCCCUGUUACUGCUUGCCUCUAUAGCCGCACAUGACGCCCAGUCACAACCUUCCUCAUCGACAUCACAUUCUUUAAGAAGCACGAACCACCAAUCAAGAGGUACACAAGGUGGCAAUACCAACAACUUUAUAAAUAUUCUGAUGGGACUUGGAUCACAGAACGGGAACAGUCAACGUUCCUCUUCUUUCGGCUCAUCUGGAAUGAAUGCAGAGGUUAUUGCUCUCCUGUCACAGAUGCAACAGUCAUCUGUCAAUCCAGCAGUCGGGUCGGUACAAGAUUCAAGACAGAAUGAGCUUAUCGCUCUUCUCAAACAACUGCAAAUGUCCCAAGCUGGUUUAAGUACCGGGAGCGGUUCAACACUGGGGUCGGCUGGUGAGACUGCUGAUAUCCAAUCUCUCCUUAAUCAACUAGCUGGCGCCACUCAAGUAACCAGUUCGGCGCAAGGUUCAGCUGGAGAAAAUAGCGAUUUAGCAGCACUUCUCGGAGUGCUACAAAGGUCUCAAUCUGGUACCAGCAUCAGAGCAGAUGCGGCAAAAGGUAUCUGGGAACAGCAAGUACUAACCGAUUUAUUGAGCAGAACUGGGCAAGAAACGGGCAUCAAUGACCAUCAGCAUAUCACAAAUAGCCAACUCAACAGCAACGGUAGGCAACAACCGUCGGACAUUAAUGGCCACGGAUCAGUGCAAGGAUCGUGGUCAUCAACAUCAUCGUCUUCAUUAAAUUCUGGAAGUACAACAGGUGGCUCUGCAGGAACUGCGCAAGUUCCUGACCUAGGUUUUCAAAAAGGUUCUUCUGACGUCGGUGGGGAUCUUUCAGCUCUUCUCACACAGCUACAAUUGACCCAGACUGGGACCAGUUCAACACAAGGCGGCACUAAUGAACAUCAGCAUAUCACAAAUAGCCAACUCACCAGCAACGGUAGGCAACAACCGUCGGACAUCAAUGGACAUGGAUCAGUGCAAGGAUCGUGGUCAUCAACAUCAUCGUCUUCGUUAAAUUCUGGAAGUACACUAGGUGCCUCUGCAGGAACUGCGCAAGUUCCUGACCUAGGUUUUCAAAAAGGUUCUUCUGACGUCGGUGGGGAUCUUUCAGCUCUUCUCACACAGCUACAAUUGACCCAGACUGGGACCAGUUCAACACAAGGCUCUCAGCUUGGAGGUACCUUACCGAAUGCGAAUGUGCAAAACGGCCAGAUCGGAUUAGCAGCUGGGUCUUCGACUGCCAACAGUGAAGCAGAAAUCAUGAAAUUAUUUGAGCAGCUGAGCCAAUCUGGUGAUGGUGUGUCGGACGCGAAACUUGUUAGUCUUAUAGAGAGACUGUCCCAACUUCAGAAAGGGGUAUCCCAGGGAUCGAUCAGUGAAGGUCAACAAUCGACAAGAAAUGGCAUCAUUUCACGAGUAUCAACACUGUCCAGUGGCCCAACACAGGGUAGCAUUUCCGAUGGGACAGGCGAAUCGUCAGGAAACUCAAUUCACGGAUCAAGCUUUUGGAAAUCGCAGUCAGGAAGUUCCAGUCAUGCUGACAGAAAUGGGCAUCAUGCAUCCAGUACAAAGCACAUUUCGACAAAUCAUGGUUCGCACCAAGGAUUAGAAAGCACAGGAAAUCAAGGAACUGUGAACAUUAUCACAUCCACCUUCACCUCGCAAACAGGGGCUUCCAGUCCAGACAGUGGAAGAUCUCUGACACAAAACUCCCUUUCAAACUUAAAUGCUGGGACACACCAAGGUACUGGGCGAUCUCCUGCUUCAUCGUCGUCGUCCCUUUCUAAAAUAUAUCGUCAAACAAUAUCUAAUUCUAAUAAAGGAAAGGCCUCAGCUCAAUCAUCAAGUAAGUCGCGCUCUUCUAAUAAAUCGUCAAGAUCAUCCAAAUCAUCCAGAACAUCUAAGUCAUCCAAAAGGUCAAGAAGCUCAUCAGAGCGUAAAUCUUCGUCUUCUAAGAAGAGGCGUACAAACACAUCGGAGGAAGUCAUGAAAAGGACGAAUAGAAGACAGGGUUCCAGCAAAUAUAACGAGCACAUCCUCCUUUACAACAAAGGACAACGUAAGAGAGUGCGUCUGUCAGAUUUGGAAACAAAACUCCGACCUUUAGUUUCCCAGAAAUCAGAUGGCCUUAGCGAAAAAGAAAUACAAAAAGUCAUAGAUGAUAUUGUGUAUAAACUCCGCAUGGAAUCUGCCAAGCGAAUGCAAAAUGAAGAAGCAGAUUCAUUCCACUUAGAGUCUACAACCUUAGAUGGUAAUCGUCAUCUCGAGUUUGGUCAUCCAAUGGUUACUCGUGCCGGAGUGAGCGGAUUUCAGAAAAACGAAGGUGGCCAGUCAGCGAUUAGUAACUUCGAGCCAUCAAGUAUGCUACUUUCCACACUGGCUACGCUUGUCAACCACAGAGACGGAGGCGGUAUUGCACAAGGAAGUACCACCGGAACAGCGUCAGCAUCCGAAACAACGAACAUCGCGGGAGCAGACAACUCCGGUGCAGCGACGGGAAUAUCAAAACCGUCAGGAUUCCUUGACUCAUUCUUCCCCGUCACACAGGGACAGACUGGUCCAUCAGCAGACCCACAAUAUGCAGGGAAAAUGAGUGCUGCGGAAGCAUUCAGAAUCGCAGCCAUGUCCUCGCUCAUUGGUGGUAGUAGUGUACCAACUACACCUACAACUGGCGGCCAAACAGCAAACACUAAUAGUGGUUCUAAAACCAUCACAACUGUGACGUCAACGACAGGCACUAAUAGCGGGUCAGCGGCAGGUGCCACAGGUGGUUCACCGAAAAUUACUAACAGUGGGUCAAUGACAAGCCAUACUAGCGGUACCAACAAAGCCUCUACCAACACAAUAGGUAGUCUAGAUCUGUCCAGUAUUGGUGCUAGCGAACCAACACAACAAGCGAAACAAACAUCCAAUGUGAAUACCCACGAAACCAUUAUCACACAAACCGGCAUCGAAACAUCGCGCUCCUCUCAGGGGAGCGGCGGUGGAAUUGGCUCAUUGGACCUCUCUGGUAUAGGCCCUACCAGCAAUAUCCCAGCCGCGUCCUCAAACCAAGCAAAUAUGGCUUCUUCUACAUCUACUUCUCAAUUGGAACGUUUUAUUACUUCGCAAAAUAACCAAGGUCCUGCAGGAACAAUGGGUGGUCAAGAACAAAGGUCAUCCUCCCAAACAAAUAUGAUCAGCAGUGCUGGGGGACCUACGUCAAACCAAGAACCAAAUCCUAGACCAUACAGACCAUCUGGUACCGCUGCUGCUACAGGAGCGAUAGCUAACCAGGGAAAAACUCAACGAGCGUCGGAAUUGAUAGAUCUUAUCAUAGCAAACGAAAUGGACACACGAAACUCCAUAGGUGGCAGCAGUGCAAAUCAGGGUAUGUCGGGAUCUGUCGGAAACCAAGCCAGAAAUGAUAGGCUAGCCUCUGCCAUAACAGACAUGAUUACAUCUAACAACGCGCUUCCGUCAGACACCCACACCACUACAUCCAUAAAGAUGACAACGAAAGGUAACACCGGGGGAUUGUCUGCAGCUGAACCCAUCUACACCACAAACACUGGCAGUGGUGCUAAUGGCGGAGCGGCACAGAACACAUUAGAUCAGACGUCGAGAACAGCUGCCGCUCUAACCGACAUAAUAACAACAGCUAAUUCCCCGGCAGGUCCAAAUCAUUCAAAUAAUAUGGCUUCCGUAUUGGCAGAUUUGAUAGCCACCUCUCCCCAAUAUAAACAAGGAACCGGAACUGGAGGAGCUAAUACAAACAGUCACAGAAACGUUGCAUCAAUGUUUGCAAGCGCGCACAGCUCGGGUACCGGUCACGAAAUGGCUGGACAUGGGGUCACUCAUAAUAUGGCAGGAGCCGGAGCAAAUCUAAAUAUGGCUGGAGGGAACCUAAACACAGUAGGAUUUCGAACAAAUCCCGAUUAUAAUAGGGCCGUAUCUUCAACAAAUGGACAAGCGACGCAAGGUAGUCCUACGCCAGUUGUAUAGUGCUUAGUUCAGCUUAUAUAAUUAAAGAUAUAUGCUUGUAUUAACACCAAUUACCAUCUUUUUCAUUUAUCAUUUAAUCACUCUCUCUCUAAGGAUUAAUAUUAUAAUGUUGUAUAUACCAGCGAGUAAUGUAGAUAAUGUUGGAAAUUUAGGUCUACGUCCAAACACAUAUUUUCCUCCGUAAAAGACAAUCUGUAUUCCGUGGAUGUGAUUUGCUUCAUGAUUUGAUAAUUAAAGGGUGCGGCCCA